GAGGUGCAGAAUAUUUCUCUGAUGCAGUUGAUUUCCUGGAGUUAGAGUACAUUGAUGAGCUCAGAUUGUUGUAUUAGCGUAGUUAGCAUGAAGCUUGCUAUCUUUUGUCUAUGGGUUACAUGUCCUCCGUUCUCAACAGGAAGUCAAUAUGUUUAUGAACUUACCAUCAAUGACAUCUACUGUGACACAGACAAGAAGUACUUUUCAGCAAAUUUAAAUGACAAUCUGGUACUGUAUGUGGACUUCGAGAACAAGACAGUUGUUAACACACCAUACAAUAUAAGCCAGGUGACUAAGGACAAAUACUAUAGAAUUGUGUAUGCAUAUGCUUCCAAUGAAAUGAAGGAUUUUAAGGCGGAUAUGGCAUCUAUUGCAAGAGAACUUGGUUAUCCUCCAGAGGCAAAAGAGCCACCAGUCAGUGCCGUGUAUUCCAGUGAGGAGGUGCUUUUGGGGUCUGAGAACACCCUCAUCUGUUACAUCACCAGGUUCUAUCCCCCUCAACUCACGGUGAGAUGGACGAGGAACAACAAGAAUGUGACACAGGGGGUGAGCCUAAGCCAGGUCUACAUAAAUAACGACGGUUCCUUCAACGUGUUCUCCACCCUGCGGUUCACCCCUCAGGACGGGGACAUGUACACGUGCACUGUGGAGCACUCGGCACUAGAUAAGCCCAUGACAAGAGAGUGGGAUGUGGAGGUGUCUGAGCCCAGACUUGGUCCAUCAGUGUUCUGUGGAGUGGGUCUGACUCUGGGGCUGCUGGGAAUGGCUACUGGAACAUUCUUCCUCAUCAAGGGAAAAGAGAGCCACAGGCAUCCAGGAAUAUAAAAAUAUGACCUCAUAGUAGAGAUUAACAUAUGACCUCAUAGUAGAGAUAACAUAUGACCUCAUAGUAGAGGUCGGAUACAGUCAGAGCCGUAUAAAGAUAUCUUUAACCCUUAUGCUGAUGAUACACAGCUGUACCUGCCCAUUAGUUCCUCUGAUCCUAGUAUGCUGAAUUCCUUAAAUGAAUGUCUUUGUGACAUAAAAAACUGGAUGUCGAACAAUUUCCUCCAGUUGAAUUCUGACAAAACAAAAGUCCUCAUCAUUGGAUCCCAGCACAUAGUGAAACAAAUGAUACCAUCCUUAGGUCCCUUUAAAUUUUUAGACUGUGUAAAACCUGUUGCAAAGAAUCUUGGUGUCUGGUUUGACAGUAAUUUAAGCUUUGAACGUCACAUCACAAAGCUCAUACAGUCUUGUUUCUAUCACCUCAGAAAUAUUUCCAAGAUUAGUUCCAUCUUAACUUUUAAAGACACUGAUACCAUUAUACAUGCAUUUAUUUCUUCACGCCUGGAUUACUGCAAUAGUCUUUUUUCUUGUCUGAACCAAAAAUCUAUAAAGAGACUUCAAACUGUUCAGAAUUCAGCUGCCCGGCUUCUUACUAAGACAAAGUACUGUAAUCACAUUACUCCUGUUUUAGCCUCACUGCACUGGCUCCCAAUAAGCUUUAGAAUUGAUUUUAAGAUUCUUCUGAUUACUUUUAAAGCUCUACAUGGCCUGUCUCCCAACUACAUAUCUGAUCUCCUAGUACCUUAUACACCUGUGUGUACUUUAAGAUCAUCUGGUAGUGGUUUCCUAACUAUUCCUAAGGUCAAUCUCAAAACUAAAGGGGAGAGAGCCUUUAGUGUCAGGGCACCUAGGCUCUGGAAUGACCUGCCUGAUGAAAUCAGGUCAGCCAAGUCAGUAUGCUCUUUUAAAUCCCUCCUUAAAACUCAUUUUUACAAGCAAGCCUUCCUUAGUUUUGUUUAAGUAAUAUACUUCAUUUUGUGUUAAGUUUAUUAAGUUUUAUUUCUGUGUCAAGUUUUAUUUCAGUAAGUUUUGUUUCAGUGUCAAGUUUUA